AUGGGUCAGUCGACCGCGGCAAUCGUAUUCUUCGAAGGACCGCACGUUCCCUACUACAUCAUCUUCCAGAGCGUAGACUUCCGCUGCAGACCAUACCGCAAGUCAGUGCAGUACUGCCGCACCUGUGGCAACACGGGACGCCGCCAAGACGUCUGUCUGAAACCCAUCCCAGAUUUCUGCUACAAGUGCGGCAAGACUGGACAACCACAAGACCAUGACUGCAAACCGACCUGCAAGCUCUGUGGAGAAGCGCACGAAACUGCAAGUACAGAGUGCAAGAAGAGACUGAAGCCAAGCCCUCCACCCUACAAUAUACGGCAACAGCGCCUUAACAGACUACAAGAAAGAGCCAACCGCUGGAGCUCCAGCAGUGAAGAGUUCCCGGAGCUGGGCACCUCGGUCACCAGCUCGAGCAGUGUCAGUGCGGGCAGCUCGCCCAGGCGCAGCAGCUCCAGGCCAAUGCUGCGAAGUGCUUCGCGCUCACGUUCCCGCUCUCGCUCCCGCUCAGUCAAACGCGCGAGCUACGCCGAUGCGGUAAACGGCUCGAGCGACUCGGGUGGUACGAGCAGCUUGGAUGCAUCGACCGAAGCGGCAGUCAUACGGGUCCUAGGAAACAAGCAGCAGAACCAGCAGAGCAAACUGCAGAAUCAGCACAGCCAAUUGCAAAGCCAGCAAAACCUCAUAGACAAGCUACUCCGCAGUCAACAGAAACAGCAAGAGCUCACCGACAAACUGCUUCAAAAAUGCAAAGAACAACAAGAACUCACAGACAAGCUGCAUCAAAAAUGCCAGGAGCUCGAAAACAUAAACAGACAGUCGGGAACGACGUUGACCAAGGCCGACGUUGAAGCCAUAGUAGAUGCAAGGUGCCUGAUAUUUCAAGAAGCCUUUAUGAAGAACAUUCACGCCACAAUGGAAAAAGUUGUCCAAUCAGCAGUCGAAAAAACAGCCGCUACCUUCGAAAACAAAAUCGCCACGUUAAACGCCAAAACUGAUGGGAUCGCACCACAGCUCAGCAAUUUUAUCGCACAUGUAAAGAACAGCUACAUCACUAAAGCACAGCUCGACAAUUCGCGCCCCACGAUUCGGACGAAGGCACGGGCGGACAGCCACAGCGACUCUCACUCGAUCUCGCCCACUCGCGAUCGCCGACGUGAAUUGGAAUCCUACGACGAUGGCGACCCCUAA